AUGGCUCAACAAUUACGAUCCAGUAAUAAUAACAACAACAAGGCUUCAGCAUCGUUCUUAUUGGUGGGUCAUCAAUAUGUAUCCUCUGUGUGGUAUGAAAUGAUUUGGAGUAUUAUUGAAGGAACUCUUACCAUGAUGCUCUAUCCAUUGUGUUUGUUCGUGGGAGUGGCUUCUUUCUUGUUUUAUCAUUUGAUCAAGAAGAAAGGAAAGGAAUUGUUUAAAUUUAAUGCAAAUCCAUAUUGUGGUUAUGAGACUAUUUUCUUGAAUGGAGCUUCGAGUGGUAUUGGCAAGAGUAUUGCUUUGGAGUUGGCAAGAAAUUUUGCAAAGAGAAAGAAUCAAAAGAAAUUCACCUUGACUAUUUCCGGAAGAAAGCAACAGGCUCUCGAAGAAGUGAAACAAGAAUGUCUUGACAUCAUCAAGAAGGAAUCCAAUCAUCCUGAAGAGGAUUAUGAAAUCAAUAUUCGAUUAUGUGAUGUGACAGAUGCUGAAAAAGUUAAGGAACUAAUUCAUGAACUUGACUAUGAUUUAGUGAUUGCGAAUGCUGGAGUUUCAUUGUUUCAAAUGUUGGAUCCAAGUAAGAAGUAUACUUCGUUGGAAAAGGUCAAAGUCGAUUUCGAGUGUUGGGAAACAAACAUGACAGGUUGUACCAAUGUUGUUUUUCCAGCUUUAGAAAACAUGAUGGAACAAAAUGAAAAAGGAAACUGCAAACGAAGACACAUUGUUUUAACAAGCUCAGGAACAGGCUAUUUCCCCGAAAUGGGUUUAUAUCCUGUGGCAAAGGCAGCCCUAAUUAGUAUGGGAAGAACUCUCAGAGCUAAACUCGAUAACAGUAAGACCCAUAGUAAUAUUAGAGUUUCUGUUUUUGUUCCUGGAUGGGUUUCAACAAAUAUGGCAGAAUCGUUCCCUCAAAAGGGUGCUCAAGUGGGAAUGAUUUCUUCUGAAGAAGCUGCAAGAUUGGCAUGUUCUGGUAUUGAGCAUGAUUUGGAGUUGAUUGAUAUUUGUGGUUUUUGGGGUGUCAUUUUGAGGGUCUUGUUGAAAUUCCCAUACACAUUGAGUUCAGCCUUAAUUAGAAUGAUAAUUUAA